UUUUGGUCACCCCAGCAUCUCCCGUUUGGCAGCUCAACUCGCCUAUCCUCUCCAACUUUGCCAUAAGUAAAGGGCCUACUCCUCCCAUUCCCGCCAAAUCUUCACGGGGAAAGCAUCCAACGGAGUGGAAGCAGCAUGAAGGAAGAGCCGCUGGGCAGCGGCAUGAACGCGGUGCGGACGUGGAUGCAGGGCGCCGGGGUGCUGGACGCCAACACGGCGGCGCAGAGCGGGGUGGGUCUGGCCCGGGCUCACUUUGAGAAGCAGCCGCCUUCCAAUCUGCGAAAAUCCAACUUCUUCCACUUCGUCCUGGCCCUCUACGACAGACAGGGCCAGCCCGUGGAGACAGAGAGGACAGCGUUUGUGGGGUUCGUGGAGAAAGAAAAAGAAGCCAACAGCGAAAAGACCAAUAACGGGAUCCACUACCGGCUCCAGCUUCUCUACAGCAACGGCAUAAGGACAGAGCAGGAUUUCUAUGUGCGCCUCAUUGACUCCAUGACAAAACAAGCCAUAGUGUACGAAGGCCAAGACAAGAACCCAGAGAUGUGCCGAGUCUUGCUCACACACGAGAUCAUGUGCAGCCGCUGUUGUGACAAGAAAAGCUGUGGCAACCGAAAUGAGACUCCCUCAGAUCCAGUCAUAAUUGACAGGUUCUUCUUGAAAUUUUUUCUCAAAUGUAACCAAAAUUGCCUAAAGAAUGCAGGAAACCCACGUGACAUGCGGAGAUUCCAGGUCGUGGUAUCUACAACAGUCAACGUGGAUGGCCAUGUCCUGGCAGUCUCUGAUAAUAUGUUUGUCCAUAAUAACUCCAAGCACGGGCGGAGGGCUCGGAGGCUUGACCCCUCGGAAGGUACGCCCUCUUAUCUGGAACAUGCAGCUGCUCCCUGUAUCAAAGCCAUCAGCCCGAGUGAAGGAUGGACGACAGGAGGCGCGACUGUGAUCAUCAUAGGGGACAAUUUCUUUGAUGGGUUACAGGUCAUCUUCGGUACCAUGCUGGUCUGGAGUGAGUUGAUUACUCCUCAUGCCAUCCGUGUGCAGACCCCUCCUCGGCACAUCCCUGGGGUUGUGGAAGUCACUCUGUCCUACAAAUCCAAGCAGUUCUGCAAAGGGACACCAGGCAGAUUCAUUUACACAGCCCUCAAUGAGCCCACCAUUGAUUAUGGUUUCCAGAGGUUACAGAAGGUCAUUCCCCGGCACCCUGGUGACCCUGAGCGUUUGCCAAAGGAAGUAAUCCUCAAAAGGGCUGCAGAUCUGGUAGAAGCCCUGUAUGGGAUGCCACACAACAACCAGGAAAUUAUUCUGAAGAGAGCAGCUGACAUCGCAGAGGCCCUGUACAGCGUCCCCCGCAACCACAACCAGCUCCCAGCCCUCGCUAACACCUCGGUUCAUGCAGGGAUGAUGGGCGUGAAUUCCUUCAGUGGACAGCUGGCCGUGAACGUCUCCGAGGCAUCACAAGCCACCAAUCAGGGUUUCACCCGUAACUCAAGCAGCGUAUCACCACAUGGGUACGUGCCGAGCACCACCCCUCAGCAGACCAACUAUAACUCCGUCACCACGAGCAUGAAUGGAUACGGCUCUGCCGCCAUGUCCAAUUUGGGUGGCUCCCCAACCUUCCUCAAUGGCUCAGCUGCCAACUCGCCCUAUGCCAUCGUGCCAUCUAGCCCUACCAUGGCCUCCUCCACAAGCCUCCCCUCCAACUGCAGCAGCUCCUCGGGCAUCUUCUCCUUCUCACCAGCCAACAUGGUGUCAGCCGUGAAACAGAAGAGUGCUUUCGCACCCGUUGUCAGACCCCAGACCUCGCCGCCUCCCACCUGCACCAGCACCAAUGGGAACAGCCUGCAAGUGAGAAGUUUGGACGCAAAACCACUGACUUCUAUCUUCUCUUUCCAUAGCGAUAUCUGGCAUGAUUGUUCCGCCCAUGUGAAAGAAUUGCCUUGAAGAAUUUUAUUAAUGAAGAGGUUGGAUUCUGCUCCAGAGAGUAAUCUGAUACAAGUCCCAGAGUGGAACUUUUAACUCAGGCCUUUUUAAGAGGAAUCACAAUAACUGCAGAUUUUUAAACGAACAAAAUCACCGACCUUGCAAAUACUGAAAUUGGAGGGGGUCUGCAAGUGCAGGGUGUUGGUUCAAGUUGUGCCUCCCAAGUAUUUGGGGGAUAUAUUUAUUCUGUAUUGAUAAAGCGAAUCCACUUUUUCUUCUUUCUUUUCUUUUCUUUUCUUUUUUUUUAAAGCUUAACUCUGCGAUCAUUUGUCUUUUAUAAACCGUAAAGCUAUAUACAAGGGACACUAUAAAUAAGACUCCAUGUUUUAAUUUAUGAUGUUUUUAAAGCUGUGUAAAGGGAGAAUGAAGUGGUGAUAUUUACAGAAAAGUUAAAAAAGAAAAAAAGAAAAAAAAAAAAAGCUUGUAUGGGACAGAAUAGGAAUGCCAGUUAGAUUUUUUAGAAAACUAAGGGUCGGCUUUUGCGCCUUAAAGCAUAUCAAAUGGUAGUUAGCUCAGACCGUGCAUUUUCAAUAUCUAACUUAACAUGCCAUCCCUUAGCAGUGCAAGCUUAUUUAUCUCUUUUGUAUUAUUGUCUUAAGUAACUGUGUAAAUAAAUGCAGCCUGGAAAGUGAAAAAGCGAUGUAAGUGAUCACAUUUUUUCCUUCCUUCUCAAAAAUCCAGUGCCUCUAGACAGAUUGUUAAAACUGCAUAUUGAAACCCGAUACCAUUCUCUUUUACUUUUGUCAACUUCUGAAGUCAGUGGCCUCUCCAGAGAGCUUGGUUGCACCCAAACUCUGUGAGAAUCUCCUUUGAGACUUAUGGAACAGGGUCCAGGUACAGAACGUCACACAAUGCCCUCGGGUUAUCCAGCCAAAAUCUCACACUCGGCCCUUUACAAGUUUAAGUUUACUCAUCUUAGAUACUGACUUUGGCCCAAUAACCCCAAACUCUGACAAAAGCAACAUGGCAGGUAUUUCAAUUUCCCCAUUCAAGAUAGCGCCUCUCUCUCUCUGUCGACCCUUGCUAUUUGUAACAUAAUAGAUUAAUACAACAGGUUAAGUGCUUUGGAAUUAAGACUAAAAGGAAACUGGGGGAAAGGAAAAGAAGGUUGAGACUUCCACAACAUAGUUUUCUGUUGAAUAGGAAUUUUUGCUCUCAUCUGGGAAGUGUUCUUAAAAAAUCAGAAUUAAUAGCAAAGAUGCAGCAAAGUUCUGAGGAUGCAUUUGCCUGAUAUAUUUUUUUCUUUGCUGUUGUGUUUUUGUAUGUAGUUAUAAAUACUGUAGAUUUUUUGUGAUUUUUUGCCAAAGUUGUUGUUCUAUUUAUACAUUUUAAUGUCUUAAGACAGUUUUUCAAUAUCACAAAAAGAUUUUACCGCAUAUUUUGCAAAGAAAAAAGCUCACUACCUUUGGCUUGCACAUACUUGCAAAGUUAAUUAAAAAGGCUUUUUGUUUUAAAGGGGAUUUUGUAAAAUAUCCGUAUAAAUAAUGUAUUUAUCUUUGGGAUUUGUACAUUGCUUUUCUCUUUUUCCUCUUCCUCCAACCCCCAAUUAUUUUAUUGUGUAUGUUUGCUAUGUGAAAAGUGCGUAUUUGUUUGGUCACCUACGGUUGUAUUAGCUGUUUCAAUGUGAUCUUAAACAUUUCAUUUAUAGUUAUUUUUAGUAUUGUUUUAAACCAUGCUUCAAUUUUUUUUUUAAAUUUUCACCCAAAAGCCAUUGUCUAUUUUUGUAUUAUUUGUAAGUUAAGAUGUUUUUUCCAAUAUAUGGCAAAAAAAAACAAAAAAAAAAAAACAAAAAAAAACCAGUAGCAUAUUAUUCUUGUAGUAUUUAGUUCUGUAGACUUAAAAAAAAAUGUAUCCUUUGCUUUGGAAGCUUACAAAAAACCUAAUGCUGUUUUACUCUAUUAAUAUGCAUGGUAUCUCUCCCUUUGGAGUGACGCAUUUUGUGCAUUAAAUUCGGGGGGAGAAACUUCAUAGAAAUCAAUGAACAUACUUUCUUUCUUAAGUCUGCUUGUAUAUUUCCUCUGUCUUUCACAUAAAUAUAAACCAGCAGAUUGGAUGCCUUAACAAUGCAAAUCAUAUUCAUUUCACUUGUACAUUGUAACUGUGCACCAGAACUGUCAGUCAUCACUAACAUUCUAAGAAAAAAAGAAAAAGAAAAAAGAAAAAAAAAAAAA